UAUGGUUGAAAGUACCUUUUUUGGUCUUGAGAAUGAAUACCUUCUAAUAUAACUCAAAAAAACCAAAGUUAGCUUCUUUCUUCAGAAAUGCUAGUGGUACCCUCAAAAAAUUGUUACAAUGUUGGAAAUGUGUUGUGCAGAACGACAGUGAAGUCAUUAAGAAGCUUACAGGCGUUCUGGCAGAUUAGGUUUUUUCCCCUUCUAAUCCUCUAGAUUACCACUGCACAAGCCUGGUGGCUGUGAGUCCUUCGUUGCUCUGUGCAGGUUCUUUACAUUGAUCAUUUCUUUUGUAGCUGCCGCAUCAUUGAAUUUGAAUUGAAGUUGACUAAGAUAGAUGCAAGCUGAUGAGGAGAGGUCAAAGGGAGCUGAAAUUGUAAAUUUACUUAGCUACAGGUGGGACAACGUUUUAAAAAAUAUCUUAUUUACUGCAUAAAUUGGGAAUGCAUUCGGAGAUGGAUUAUUUGAAACACAACAUGGAUUCUUGAUUAUUUUUAUGGAGACAUUAUUUUGUUUUAACAAAGAAUAGGUGCCGGUGAGAACAACAUCCCUACACUUCAGUGGACCAUUGGCUGAGCAUAGAGGAUCAUUUGUUCUUGGAACGAAUGCUCUUGGUCUCCAUUGCUCUGUGAAAUGGAGCUAGAGCUGUGUUGCGAAGAGCAGGGGCACUGCGCAUUGGAUCCCACAGAGCCUGAGGUAUCAGAAGACAUUUCUAAACUUGCAGACAGCGACUCUCUGAACAAGCUGCCUUGUGGGGCUGCAGAGGACGGUGAAGAACUCUGUGUUAAAGACCCAUCUGAAAUCGAGAGCCGUGCAGUAGAGAGCAAAGACACUGAGAUAAAAAGCUCACCCAACUGCGAGCUACAGAGAAAGAAAGCAGAAUGCAAGAUAGAAAAGAAACUGAAGAAAACAAACAGCUGGAAGAUGGUCCGAUUUCAAGACCCUUCGACGGAAGAGGACGUAGUGGAGAGGGACAGCUCAGCAGAGAUUCUUUUUCCAGAAUAUGCUGUAGAAGAAUGGACAUCUACUCCAUUUGAGGAGCUGUUCAUGGCAGAAGAUUGGGAGGACAUCACAGGUGAGAACACAGAAGAGCGGCUAUUGAGGAAGAAAGUUCUGGAAUCAGGAGACAUACAAGUCCCAUGCUCCACCUGGGGUCAGGAGGUCACUGUGAAGUUGCAGGGUGUUCUUGAGGACCGCACUGUGGUGGAGAAGGACUGCAAGCUUGUCUUUGUUAUCGGAGAGGGAGAUGUAAUACAGGCUCUAGAGGAGUGUGUUAUGUCCAUGCAGAAGGGGGAGAUCACAUUACUCCUGGCAGAUUCCCAGUAUGCCUAUGGACUUCUGGGAAGAGAGCCUGACAUCCCUGCAUGGGCUCCAUUACUCUACCAACUGCAGCUUCUGGACAUCAGAGACAAACCAGACCCGUUGACUCUGCCCAUCGCUGAUCGCAUCCGCAUCGGGAACCAGAAACGAGAGCGAGGAAACUUUCACUUCCAGAGAGAGGAGUACAGCCUGGCUGCCAGAGCUUAUUGUGUGGCUCUGGAGGUGCUGACCACUCGCAGCAAAGAUGGCAAUGAUGUUGGCAUGGAGGAGGAGGAGGAAGAAGUGCGGGAAUACCGGAUAAAGUGUCUGAACAACCUAGCUGCAGCUCAGCUCAAACUGGAGCAGUUUGAUGAGGCACUGCACACCAGCCGGGAUGUCCUGACCCUCCAGCCAAACAACGUCAAGGCCCUUUUCAGGACUGGAAAGCUGCUGUCAGAUAAGGGCGACUACAAAGAGGCCAUGGAGGUGCUAAAACAGGCCUUGAAACUGGAGCCAACCACCAAGGCAAUCCACGCAGAAUUAUCCAAACUUGUCCAAAGACAAUCAGGAGGCAAAGAUAUGCAGCAGUGGAGAAUCAAACCAGCAAAGGUGCUCGGAGAUGAUAUCACACCAUUCCUCAUCCCUUCUAAGAAAAAGUCAUCAGGUAUUUCCUGGAAGUUCAUACUGGGAGCUCUGGUGGUGGCCUUGGGCAGCUUGGUGACGUCCAUGAUUUUGACUGCAAGAAACUAAGAAUCCUCAGGAAAGAUAUCUGAUUCACCGGAACAGCUCGUUCUCCAGUUGUCUUCCAGCGGGUCUCCACUGUAAAAGCAGCGCAGCAGCUUAGAAGCCUGAACUUGUGUUUGAGAUUUUUUACUGAAAAGUUGAUUGAAGAUUAGUUAUAUUUUGCAUCCGCAGAGAUUUCUGUUCAUUGGUGCAAUUUUCUAAAAGUUAUUUGCAGUCAGCUUUAUUUGUGGAAGAGAUUGCCUUUAUUUCUGCUAACUAAGAUGUUUAAUAAAGUUUUUAAAAAACACAUAGCAUAGAACAAAAAUAUAUUUGAUCAGUGCUCCAAAAAGUUAAUAUGUAAAAAUAAUCCAUAAAUGCAUUUGUUAGUGUUAUGGUCCUGGUCCCAAAGGUAGAUUUAAACAAAAACAUUAAACAGCAUUUAAAAUUAUUAAAUACGUUUAUGCUGAAUCCUAGAUUAUCACUAAGGCUCAUCUAUUUAUAUAAAUAUAAAAGUUUAAAUACUUUUGACUAAUUACAUGAUGUGAAUUUGUAUUUGUGCAUGUGAAGUUUUACUACAAAAACUUUCAUUCUAACCAAAGAGUAAAACUAUGUAUGAAACUAUGUUUACAGUUCAGACGUGAAAUAGAAUAAAGUACAACAAAAAUAUUAAA